UUUAGUAGAGACGGGGUUUCACCAUUGGCCAGGCUGGUCUUGAAUUCCUGACCUCAGGUGAUCCGCCCUCCUUGGCCUCCCAAAGUGCUGGGAUUACAGGCGUGAGCCACUGCACCAGGCCCAAGAAAUGCUUUUUUAAAAAACACACAUCUUAUGGCAUUCACCUUCUUGAAGCUCUAGGACAGUGGUUCUCAAAAUUUUUUCUCUCAGGACCUCUUAAAAAUCAUCAAGGACUCCAAAAAGCUUUUGGGUAUGUGGGUUACAGCUAUCAAUAUUUUUGGUACUAGAACUUAAAACAGAAAAAUUUAAAACACGAGAAUACAUAGGCACACAUUCCAUUCAUUGUGGGAACCAUGGUGUCAAUACAUAUCAUGUAGUUUCUGAAAAACUCCACUGUACACUCUUAUAGAAUGAAGAAGGCAAAAAACUUUUUUUGUUUUGUUUUUUGAGACAGAGUCUCUCUCUGUCGCCCAGGCUGAAGUGCAGUGGCGAGAUCUCGGCUCACUGCAAGCUCCGCCUCCCGGGUUCACACCAUUCUGGUGCCUCAGCCUCCCGAGUAUCUGGGACUACAGGCGCCCUCCACCAUGCCUGGCUAAAAUUUUGUAUUUUUUAGUAGGGACAGGGUUUCACCGUGUUAGCCAGGAUGGUCUCGAUCUCCUGACCUCGUGAUCCGCCCGCCUCGGCCUCCCUGUGUUGGGAUUAGCGGCGUUUGCCACCGCGCUCGGUUGCAAAUAACAUCUUAAUUUUGUUAUAAAAAAUAGUCAUUCUCACCUACCCCCUGACAUAGUCUCAGCGACCUGUAGGGCCGAGGUUACACUUGGAGAACCCGUGCUCUAGGGCCAAACCCAUUCUUCUUGCCCUGGCCCACGUGUUCCCCCCACCGCCCCACACUGGAGCCACUGCCUAAUUCUCCAGCCCAAGAUGGUGCUCGCUAGCCCUCCUCUCAAUGCUCAUCACACACAGGGCUAUUCCUUUCCUCCAAUGAACCAACCGCCUGCCGCCCACCUCCAGUUCCCAGCCCUCUGUUCCCUUUGCCUGGUCCACCCUCGGCCUCCCUGGGUCGCAGACGAGGUCGGCCUCGUCAUUCCCCGCAGACCGCCGCGCGUGCCUCUUGUGCGGUUCACCACAGUUGUAUUUUAAGUGAUCAUGUGAGUCGUCGUUAAAUGCCUGUCUCCCCGCGGAUCAUGGGCUCCUCGAGGACAGGGACCGGCCUGUCUGUCCACUGCUGUAACCCCGCGCCGGCAUAGGGACGUAAGGCCCCACUGGAGGGCGCUCAUCAAAGAACUGCUGGAUAUUGACGAAGGAAGCGGCGACGCAGCUCAGGGAUCUCCGAGUCAGGACUGUCGGCCAGACCGACGGGGUAACACGUCUAAUGGUGUGGGAAUAAAGUUGUAUUCCAGUGCUUCCAAACGGGCCUCUCAUUCCAACCCCCUUCCAAGCAAAAUGAAUAUUCCAAUCACCUCUGGUCCCUUCCAGUGACCUUGAACCCCUCAGAGUACGCCCCGUCGACACCGUUCGGGGUCGGGCGCCACUACUGGCGCAUAAGAUGCGCUCAAGCGGAGGGUACUCCAACCGCAAAGAGACGCCGAGCCAACAGGGAUCCCUGCCUCGGCGCCGGAAGCCCCAAAGAGCCGAAUCUGGAACCGGAUGUGGCUGCUUCCUGCCCCGCCCCCUGCCGAGGGGGCGGGAACCGAGGGCCCUUCGGAAAACGCGGCCGGGAUUUCGGUCAGCGGAGUUCGUGGGUUGUGGUGGGGAGCGUAAUCCCGUGGGGAUGGAGUGACCCGCUCUCUCUCCUCCUGAAACGCUUCCCGCGGGAGUUUUAGCCGUGUUAUUGUUGGGGAAGGGAAUGUCAGAUUCUGCUCCUGCCUUCCCCCAGGGGCUGGAGACUGGAAUCUUUAUUCCAGUUCAGUGCGGAGCGACGUGGUCUCCAGAAUCCCCGAGUGUAGAGGCGGAGGACAGUGGAGCUGGGGACUCGGGCGCCUGGGUCCUGGUCCCUGAGCGUCCGGCGCUCCCCUAGUCCGCGGCCCUGGCUCCUGUCCUCACUUCCUUCCCCUUUUGGCUCCUGCUCUCGGAGCGGGCGGACGCGGGGGGGAGCGGAAAGGGCGGAAGGGCCCGGGAGCCUAGCGGGAGGGGUUCAAGGGGGUACGGAAAAGCCGGGGAGGGGACUUGGUCCGGGGCCGGAGACCGACGGCAACAGCGGCCCAGGACCCACGCUGCCCCCACCCCUCCCGAGCAGGCGCCCCCAUGGCCCGACCCCGCUGAUUCCUUCACUCGGCCAUGCUCCCGCGGCCCCUGCGGCUGCUUUUGGACACGAGCCCCCCAGGGGGAGUCGUACUGAGCAGCUUCCGAAGCCGGGACCCCGAUGAGGGUGGGGGCCCAGGUGGCCUGGUCGUGGGCGGGGGGCAGGAGGAAGAGGAGGAGGAAGAAGAAGAGGCCCCUGUGUCCGUCUGGGAUGAGGAGGAGGAUGGUGCCGUGUUUACCGUCACAAGCCGCCAAUAUCGACCUCUUGAUCCCUUGGUCCCUAUGCCUCCCCCGCGUUCCUCCCGACGGCUCCGAGCUGGCACUCUGGAGGCCCUGGUCAGACACCUACUGGAUACCCGGACAUCAGGGACUGAUGGGACUUUCAUGUCAGCCUUCCUGGCCACCCACCGGGCCUUCACCUCGACGCCUGCCUUGCUAGGACUUAUGGCUGACAGGCUGGAAGCCCUUGAAUCUCAUCCUACCGGUGAACUAGAGAGGACAACAGAGGUAGCCAUCUCUGUGCUGUCAACCUGGCUGGCCUCUCACCCUGAGGAUUUUGGCUCUGAGGCCAAGGGUCAGCUUGACCGGCUUGAGAGCUUCUUACUUCAGACAGGGUAUGCAGCAGGGAAGGGUGUUGGGGGGGGCAGCGCUGACCUCAUCCGCAACCUCCGGUCCCGGGUGGACCCUCAGGCCCCCGACCUUCCUAAGCCCCUGGCCCUCCCCGGCGAUCCCCCUGCUGACCCCACGGAUGUCCUGGUGUUCCUCGCUGACCACUUGGCCGAACAGCUGACCCUGCUAGAUGCGGAGCUAUUUCUCAAUUUGAUCCCCUCUCAGUGCCUGGGAGGCCUGUGGGGUCACAGAGACCGGCCAGGACAUUCUCACCUCUGCCCAUCUGUCCGAGCUACUGUCACACAGUUCAACAAGGUGGCAGGGGCAGUGGUUAGUUCUGUCCUGGGGGCUACCUCCACCGGAGAGGGACCUGGGGAGGUGACCAUACGGCCACUCCGUCCCCCCCAGAGGGCCCGCCUCCUGGAGAAGUGGAUCCGCGUGGCGGAGGAGUGCCGGCUGCUCCGAAACUUCUCUUCAGUUUAUGCUGUGGUGUCAGCCCUGCAGUCCAGCCCCAUCCACAGGCUUCGGGCAGCCUGGGGGGAAGCAACCAGGGACAGCCUCAGAGUCUUUUCUAGCCUCUGCCAGAUUUUCUCCGAGGAGGAUAAUUAUUCCCAGAGUCGGGAGCUGCUCGUGCAGGAGGUAAAGUUGCAGUCUCCUUUGGAGCCACACUCCAAGAAGGCUCCGAGGUCUGGCUCCCGGGGUGGGGGUAUAGUCCCAUACCUUGGCACCUUCCUGAAGGACCUUGUGAUGCUGGAUGCAGCCUCCAAGGAUGAGUUGGAGAAUGGAUACAUCAAUUUUGACAAGCGGAGGAAGGUGAGUGGAGUGCCUGGGCUGGAUGCUGGACUUCUCAAUCCAUGUUCCCGGAAGGGGAGGGGGGAAAGUCAGGUGUCCCUGAGUUUUGGCUCCUGCAGUUUGAGGGCUCCUUCCCAGGAGUUUGCAGUCCUUUCUGAGUUGCGACGGCUCCAGAAUGAAUGUCGUGGCUAUAACCUCCAACCUGACCAUGAUAUCCAGAGGUGGCUACAGGGGCUCCGGCCACUGACAGAGGCUCAGAGCCAUCGUGUAUCCUGUGAGGUGGAGCCACCUGGUUCCAGUGACCCUCCUGCCCCACGGGUGCUUCGGCCAACAUUGGUCAUCUCGCAGUGGACAGAGGUUCUGGGCUCUGUUGGGGUCCCUACCCCGCUUGUGUCCUGCGAGCGGCCCAGUAUGGCGGGAGAUGAGGUGCCUACAACUCCUGCUCCUCUGCUGACUCGGCUGGCCCAGCACAUGAAGUGGCCAUCUGUCUCGUCACUAGACUCUGCCCUGGAAAGCAGUCCAUCCCUGCACAGUCCAGCUGACCCCAGCCAUCUCUCCCCACCAGCCUCCUCCCCUAGGCCUUCUCGAGGUCACCGCCGCUCAGCCUCCUGUGGCUCCCCGCUGAGUGGGGGUGCAGAAGGGGCCUCCGGGGGGACUGGAUAUGGGGGAGGGGGAUCUGGGCCAGGGGCCUCUGAUUGCCGAAUCAUCCGAGUCCAGAUGGAGCUGGGGGAAGAUGGCAGUGUCUAUAAGAGCAUUUUGGUGACAAGCCAGGACAAGGCUCCAAGUGUCAUCAGUCGUGUCCUUAAGAAAAACAAUCGUGACUCUGCAGUGGUUUCAGAGUAUGAGCUGGUACAGCUGCUGCCAGGGGAGCGAGAGCUGACUAUCCCAGCCUCGGCUAACGUAUUCUACGCCAUGGAUGGAGCUUCACACGAUUUCCUCCUGCGGCAGCGGCGAAGGUCCUCUGCUGCUACACCUGGCGUCACCAGUGGCCCGUCUGCCUCAGGAACUCCUCCGAGUGAGGGAGGAGGGGGCUCCUUUCCCAGGAUCAAGGCCACAGGGAGGAAGAUUGCACGGGCACUGUUCUGAGGAGGAAGCCCCGUUGGCUUACAGAAGUCAUGGUGUUCAUACCAGAUGUGGGUAGCCAUCCUGAAUGGUGGCAGUUAUAUCACAUUGACACAGAAAUUCAGAAAGGUAGCCAGCCAUCCUGGGGCAGUGAAGUACCACUGGUUUACCAGACAGCUGAGAAAUCCAGCCCUGUGGGAACUGGUGUCUUAUAACCAAGUUGGAUACCUGUGUGCAGCUUCCCACCUGUGUGUGCUUCCUACCUGUGCAGCACACAGGUAGUGCUGGAAAAAACGCAUCAGUUUCUGAUUCUUGGCCAUAUCCUAAUAUGCAAAGGGCUAAGCAAAGGCCUCAAGGCUCUGAGCCCCAGGGCAGAGGGAAAUGGCAAAAAAUAGGUCCUCGCAGGAGUUCUUCUUCCCACUCUGGGGGUUUCUAUCACUGUGACAACACUAAGAUAAUAAACCAAAACACUACCUGAAUUCUA